AUUUGCAGGAGCAGACGCUGCUAAAUACUUGACGCAAUCUCACGAGACAUUAUGAGAUUUGGGUGAUUAUUGUUUACAUUGCAAAAAAAAAAAAAAAACGCCAUGAGAACCGAACCGAAUCGAUACGGAUUCACCUAAAGCCAACUUUUCCCGAGGGCAAGACUGGAUUUGAUACGAGGAAUAUAAACGUAGCCCAACUUUGUUUUGAUCGCACUGGACCAGCAAAGCAUCCCCGACACGGCGAGGAAAAAGUAGGGGUUAAGUGACGCCAGUAUUAAAGACAUCAUUUAUACCUGGCGAAGAUAAGGGGGCAAAUAACUCGGGGCUCGCCAUUGUGUGGACGGGGAGUCGCCAUAUCGCAACAGUUAUGGUGCUCGGCGACGGGGAUGUGAAGGGGAUCCCCGUCUAAGGAGCGCUCAAAGGCGGGUCCGGGAUACCCUCAACUACCGAGGCCUCCCGAGCGGAGGGGUGGGGGGAAUCCUCCGUCGGAAUCUGGCUGUCUGUCGGCCGUACCCGGAGCUCAGCGCGCGACCCUCGCUCACCAGUGUCACGCGAGGCCCGAGGCUGUGAAUGCGGCCUACCCCGUAGGGGCUGACUUGCACCGGGGAAACAACGGGAACGCCACCCGGGGAUUAACAACAGGUCCGGGAAAGCGAGAAAACGCUCGAGUGCACCAUGAUGGAAGAACUGCACAGCCUGGACCCCCGGCGGCAGGAGCUGCUGGAGGCUCGCUUCACCGGGGUCGGCGUGGCGAAGGGCUCGGGCCAGAGUCAGAAUGAAUCGUCCAACCAGAGUCUGUGCAGCGUGGGCUCGCUCAGCGACAAAGAAAUUGAGACUCCAGAGAAAAAGGCAAAUGACCAGAGGAUCCGGAAACGGAAAGCGGACCACUUUGAUGGCAACCAAGUUAAAGCAGGAACAAGGGGACAUAAAAUUAGCGAUUAUUUUGAGUUUGCGGGAGGCAGCGGUCCCGGUACCAGCCCAGCUCGGGGGGUCCCGCCAGUGGUCCGCUCUUCCCCGCAGCACUCCCUUUCUAAUCCACCAGUCACAGUACAGCAGGGAAGCCCGUCAUCAGUGGGCUCAGCCAACACGGAACACUCAUCAUGCGCUCUGAAACCCGCCGCCCUUUACCUGCUCCACAAAGCCACACAGUCUGACCUUACUAUAGAGAGGCUAAUCGCGAUGGAGAACAACAAAAACUCUGACUUGGAGAAGAAGGAGGGACGCAUCGACGACUUGCUGCGGGCUAACUGUGACCUGCGGAGACAAAUCGACGAGCAGCAGAGGAUGCUGGAGCGAUAUAAGGAGCGCUUGAAUAAGUGCGUUACCAUGUCCAAGAAGCUGCUGAUUGAAAAAUCCAAGCAGGAGAAGAUGGCGUGCCGCGACAAAAGCAUGCAGGACCGGCUACGGCUGGGCCACUUCACCACGGUCCGACACGGAGCGUCUUUCACCGAGCAGUGGACGGACGGCUACGCCUUCCAAAAUCUAAUCAAACAACAGGAGCGCAUCAACUCGCAGCGAGAAGACAUCGAGAGACAACGAAAGCUGCUGGCCAAGCGCAAGCCGCCCUCCAUGGCGCAGACGCCGCCGCCGAACCUGGAACAGAACAAACGCAAAAGCAAAGCCAACGGCACAGAGAGCGAAGCGUUAUCGCAGGCGGAGUACCACGAGCAAGAGGAAAUCUUCAAGUUAAGAUUGGGCCACCUCAAGAAAGAGGAGGCCGAGAUCCAGGCGGAGCUGGAGAGGUUGGAAAGAGUCCGCAACCUGCACAUUCGCGAAUUGAAAAGAAUCCACAACGAGGAUAACUCCCAAUUCAAAGAUCACCCGACAUUAAAUGACCGAUACCUGCUUCUCCAUUUACUCGGACGUGGAGGUUUCAGUGAAGUUUACAAGGCCUUUGAUUUAACGGAGCAAAGGUACGUGGCCGUCAAAAUCCACCAGCUCAAUAAAAACUGGAGGGAUGAGAAAAAGGAAAACUACCACAAACACGCGUGCAGGGAAUACAGAAUCCACAAAGAGCUGGACCACCCGCGAAUAGUUAAACUCUACGACUACUUCUCGCUCGACACAGACUCGUUUUGCACAGUCCUGGAGUACUGCGAGGGCAACGACCUGGACUUCUACUUGAAACAGCACAAGCUGAUGUCUGAAAAGGAGGGUCGCUCCAUCAUCAUGCAGAUUGUCAAUGCUCUCAAGUACCUCAACGAGAUCCGGCCACCCAUCAUCCACUACGACCUCAAACCUGGUAACAUCCUGCUCGUCAACGGCACAGCGUGCGGGGAGAUCAAGAUCACAGACUUUGGCUUGUCCAAGAUUAUGGACGACGACAGCUACAACUCGGUGGACGGCAUGGAGCUCACGUCGCAGGGAGCCGGCACGUACUGGUACCUGCCGCCCGAGUGCUUUGUCGUCGGAAAAGAGCCGCCCAAAAUCUCCAACAAGGUGGACGUGUGGUCCGUGGGAGUCAUUUUCUACCAGUGCUUGUACGGCCGCAAGCCUUUCGGGCACAACCAGUCUCAACAGGACAUCCUGCAAGAAAACACUAUCCUGAAGGCCACCGAUGUGCAGUUCCCGCCCAAACCGGUCGUUACUCCGGAAGCCAAGGCGUUCAUCCGGCGCUGUUUAGUGUACCGGAAGGAGGACCGUAUCGACGUACACCAGCUUUCCAACGACCCCUUCCUCAUGCCGCACAUCCGCAAGUCGGUGGCCUCCUCGGGCAACUCGGCCAUGGCGGUGGCCUCUACGUCCAGCUCCUCUAACAGCAGCGCCUCCAACUGAGAUGCCGCCUGACCACAAUAUACUUCUCCUAGCAUCCGUCAUGAGGAGAAGACAUGUCCAGUGCUGGUCGUAGGUGUGAAGGUGGGCUUUUCAGCGUUUGGGGGUUUUCUGCUUUCAAAAAAAAAAAAAAAGAAAAACAAAGUGUAGAAAUGCUUCAGCUAGGCAUUAAGGACAAGACUGUUGUGUCUCUCCGUUGCUCGUAAACACAUGCUUGAGCCCCCUCUGGUGGACGUUUUUCGCGCACCAAAUCUGCUCCACGGUCCCAGAAUUUGUGUGUGCGGUGUGCGCCUCCUCGCCGCCCUCUCCCCGUUAGCCCCGUGACCAAAGUUUUUCACCAGAUGGUGGCGCCAUUCGUCCGAAGCGGAUGCAGUGCGGAACGCUACGCUCCCUUACCGACCCACCCUCAUCUUCUUCACUGACACUUUUCGGGAAGAGCAAAACCAUUUUUAUGGAGAAAAAUGUGUUUUUUUUCUCAAGUUGCCUUUAAUUAGAACUUUAUUGUUUUUGUUGAGCCCGCCCGCCCGCCCGCCCGCCCGCCUUCUACCCCCUCUGACUUCCUACCGCAAACACACAUAUUUAUUUAGGUAUGUUUGAAUUCAAGUGUUGGCCAUUUUAAAAUGCAAGGGACUGAUUGACCUAGUACUUUUUGGGGAAGGAGAGUUCGGGCCUUAGCAGAAAGUUGCAUAAACCAUUAAAAACUAUUGUUUCAAACGUGUGCUGUCACUGUCUGACUGAACAAAAAAAAAAAAAAAAAAAAAAAAAAGAACUUUUCGGGGCUGACAAUUGACUUUUAAAAUGGGGAGAUGUCACCUUAAACAUUGAGAACCAUGUUAAAUGUUAGAGUUGUUCCGAUCAUGUUUGUUUGCUCCCGAUCCGAUCCCAAUCGUUUUAGUUUGAGUAUCUGCCGAUCCCGAUAUUUCCCGAUCCAAUUGUUUUUUUUUUUUUUUUUAUCCCGAUUCAUUUCCAAUCAUUCACUAUAAUUUUUCCCGAUCAUAUACAUUUUGGCAAUGCAUUAAGAAAAAAAUGAAUAAAACUCGGACGAAUAUAUACAUUCAACAUGCGUUGGGAAAUAACAGGGUGCUAAGAAAAAGAUCAACUACUACCUUGCUUCCCCACAUUGCUUCCCACGAUAUUUCUAAUUGUUGAGAGAGGGAUUGUAAGGCUUUAGCCAAUUAAAAAAAGGCUCCAAAGACUGCCAAAAGUCACUCUACUCAUUUAACGCUGCCUUUUAGCUCUAUAUAUAGGUAAAACGGCGCCAUUAUAGAUUGAACGCUACAAUGCGUGAGUAGGUCGUGCAGCGCAUGCGGUAAUUGCGUUAAAUAUUUUAACGUGAUUAAUUUUUUUUUUUUAAAUUACCGCUAUUAACACGAUAAAUUUGAUAGCCCUACUUUAAGCCAAAACUAAAGACUCUGGAUGACUGUAAGACAUUUUGUCUGUAACGAUAUAAUUAAAAAAUAUAUUUUAAAAAAGGCAUGUCCGAUAUUUUUGUUGCCGAUUCCGAUACUUUGAAUUGGCAUCCCGAUCGAUCAGGACAUCUUUAUUAAAUAUACUUUAAACAAAAGAUGUACGUACAGUGGUAUGAAAAAGUAUCUGAACCUUUUGGAAUUUCUCACAUUUGCAUAAAAUCACCAUCAAAUGUGAUCGAAUCUGUCAAAAUCACACAGAUUUAAAACCAGUGUCUGCUUUAACUAUAAAUACCCAAACAUUUAUAGGUUUUCAAUUCAUAUUGUAAUGAGGAUAGCAUGCAAACAAUGACAGAAGGGUAGAAAAUACGUAUGUCAACCCUCUGCUUAAGUAGACUUAAAGAGCAAUUGAAAACAAUUUUAACAAACAAUUUAAGUCAGGUGUGUGCCCAAUCAGUGAUGCUUCAAGUUUUGUUUGUAAUUGAAAAUUUUAGCAAACACUUGGUUAAGAAAGAAGAAUUUUAUAAAUGUUUACAAGGGCUGUCAUAUUUAUCGCGUUAACAGGGCGGUAAUUAAUUUUUUAAAUUAAUCACACUAAAAUAUUUAAUGCAAUUAACGCAUGCGCGGCACGAUCCACUCCCUCAUUGUCGCUUUCAACCGAUAUUGCCGCCGUAAUUCGUUUAUACAGAGCGUCAAACGAGUGGAGUACAUACUAACAGCCUUUUGGAACUGUGCUUUUAUUUAGUUAAAGACUUAACAUCCUUCCCACAUCAAUUGAAACAUUGUGGGAAGUGUGGUGGGGAAGAAUGACAAUAGUUGUUCAAUUUCCUAGUAUCUUAUGUUGUUCCCAACGCAGAGAAGAUAUAACAAAUGGUGCCACCACGCACAGUCAUGGUUGCACUUCCCAUCAUACAUUUGGGCAGAACAGUUAAAUGGCUACAGUAUCAUUUACUGAAAGCUCAACAAAUACACUAGAUGGCAAUAUCUAGUCACAAUAUACAAAGUAGCAUUUAUCCUUUAAGAAUUACAAGUCUUUCUAUCCGUGGAUCCCUCUCACAGAAAGAAUGUUAAUAAUAUAAAUGCCAUCUUGUGGAUUUAUUGUCAUGAUAAACAAAUACAGUACUUAUGUACUGUAUGUUGAAUGUAUAUAUUCGUCUUUCCAUUCCAACAAUAAUUUACAGAAAAAUAUGGCAUAUUUUAGAGAUGGUUUGAAUUGCGAUUAAUUACGAUGAAUUAAUUUUUAAGCUGUGAUUAACUCGAUUAAAAUUUUGAAUCGUUUGACAGCCCUAAUGUUUACAAUACGUUUUUGUGCUGGCGUAAAAAAAAAGUGAAAAUUAAUGAUAAAUCUUCUUAAAAACAUUUAGUUUCUGACUGUUCACAACUUUUUGUUCACGCGCCGCCAAUUUGAAAAGCAAAAGGUCGACCCGUCUGGGAAACUUGGGUAUCGUCAUAAAAUCACAGUUCUCCAGCAGAAAAUACAACUUGUUCACAUGCAAUUUUCCACAAAAAAAAUUACACACAGUUACUCAUUAAGUAUUCCUUUCACUGGACACUUUUUUUACUUGAGUACAUUUUUGGGAUGACUACUUUUACUUCAGUAUUAUUAUUUUGAAAAAUGGAUUGGAAGUCAAUGGCAGUGAAACGUGAUCAUGUCCAAUUAUACAAAAGAGAUUUAAUGUUACUGCAAAAUAGAAGCGCAAUAAUCUUACCCAAAAUGAGCCUUAACCCCUUCUUGCCAAAUUGAAACACUUAGAAUUUCAUGAUUUUGAAAUAUUUCCUCAAAAAAAAAAAUGGAUGCAAGUCAACCCAUGCAUCUUCAGGUUCCAUGAGAAAGAAAAAAUGGGAUUUAGCAAGAGAUAUAGAUAUUACACAUAUAUAUAUAAUUACACAUAGCCUAUUCAUUUUUUUCUUUUUUACAAAUGUGAAAAAAAGGUUUCAUUAAGACCUAUUUUUCAAAUUUUGUGAUUCUCUUCAUAUUGCAGGCAUUAAAGAAUUUUUAAUAUACCUAAAAUUCAAGGGCGUAGGUUUGCAUAGGGACGGUAGGGACAUAACACUAGCAACUUUUCAGGAUGCUCCAAUUGUCCCCACCAACUUUUAAGCAACCAUAUUUGAAUUAUAUAAUUUAAUUGGCUGAUGACUUGAACAAACAAACACGCAUACUCACGCAACCCCGACAGAAAUACAUGUCAACAUGCCACCUCCUCCACCCCCUUUAAAGACGAGGGAUAUUAGAAUUUUUUUUCGGCCAGCCACAGCAGCAGCUGUAAGUAGACGUCAAUUUUGUGGAGGUGGGGAACACGCCACUAAUUUUGCUACUGAAAGUCUGACCUGCAUCACAGUUAGCAUAACAUUAAACCAGGGGUGUCCAAACUUUUUGCAAAGAGGGCCAAAUUUGGUGUGGUAAAAAUGUGGGGGGCCGACCUUGGCUGACGUCCUUUAUGUAGAACAAUAUAUUUAAGCAAAUUUUAGCAAGCCAUUCUGUGUGUCACAUAUGCUUUAUUAUUUUUUUAAAUGAAUACAUUUCAACAAUCUCAGUUCCACGGAAUCUCAAUUCCACGGAAUCGUUUGGCAGUAUAUCUAGCCUUUGUGGCGUUCUCUUUCGACUCUCGGGCUCUUGUGAAAUACUGCUGCUGUGAAAUUAAACUAGCUUCAACUUGCUUCAAUUUCUCGCUAAUCGCUACGCAUCUUCCUUGUAAUCUUGUGGUACAUGUCAGCGUGUCUUGUUCGGGAACAUCGCCUCACAUUUGACUCUUUAAAAACAGCGACUGUAGACAGUUGUUGCGUAUUUUAGUGAAGAAAUAGUCCAAUUUCCACCUAUCCUUGAAGCGCCAGCCGUCGCAGUCGACUUUCUUUUUUUGUUGAUUGUCGCCAUUUUAGAAAAUUGGGAGUAAAGGGUAACACGGGGGAAUGUUGCUUAGAGUGCUGCUGCCUUUUCGUGGGUAAAUGAGGAGCAGCAUUUAGUGUGUAAGAUACUUCAUAUUCUGGUAGCAGUACUGCUGACCAAUUUAUUAAGUCUGUGUGCGGGCCAGACGUUAUUGAUUUUAUGACAGAGGCUGGGGGCCGCAUUUGGCCCCCGGGCCGGACUUUGGACAUGUCUGCAUUAAACUGUGUGAACUUGCUAACCUGCAAAACUCGAGUUGAAAGCAGCUUAGAGAUGUUUCCUCCUGUACUGUGUGUGUUUUCUACCAUUACCGUUAAUUCAACUGCAUUUAUUCAUUAAUUAAAAUAUUUAUUUGUUUUCUCCAUCAUUCAUUUAAAAAUUUAUUUGCAGUUUAUGCAAACAUUUCUU